GCAAUCAAAACAGGUGAUCAGAAUCCGAUCGUAGUGCAGUAAGAGCCGGCGGUCAAGACGCGCCGCGCGCUGUCAUUGUCAGCGAACUCUAUGAACGGACAUCAAUCGUGUUUGUAAUCUGUGUUUGCCGUUUAUCAUGCAGUUAUCACAGGCUUUUCUUAAACAGCUAUGGCUGACUUUCGGUGCGUCAUUGGCGUUCCUAAUCAUCGGAUUGGUUAGGGGAUACUCUGCAUCAGCCAUACCUUCAAUCGAGGCCAUUGACCCUGACAUCAUUCAACACAGUGAACAAAAAUCAUGGAUUGGAGCAAUACCACCGCUGGGCGCAUUUUUGGGCAGUAUAUUAUCUGGAGCCCUAAUGCAGAGAGCAGGCCGGCGCCGCACUCUGCAACUCACUGCACCGCUCUGGGUGGCCUCUUGGCUUAUACUGGGCUUCGCUAAAUACUUCCCUCUUAUACUGGUGGGCAGAAUGAUGUCCGGUCUCUGCGUCGGCUUCGUUCUGGCGCCUGCCCAAGUCUAUGUGAGCGAGUGCUGCGACCCGGAGAUACGCGGCCGGCUCGGCUCGUUGCCCACGCUCUCGAUGUCCCUCGGGAUCCUGUUGUCUUACAUCGCCGGCAACUGGCUCUCCUGGCGUUACCUCGCCUUUUUCUCCGCUAUCUUUUGCGUGGCACUAUUCGUAGCUCUCUUCCCUCUACCCGAAUCACCAGUGUGGUUAGAAACCCACGGCGGAGACGCUGCUGAUGCGAUCAAAUGGCUCCAUCUGUCUGCACGGGCUACUGCUACUGUCAAGGAUAACGAACACGAAAAGUCUCCAGACCCAGAGAAUCCGCCGAGUCUCUUUACGCGCAAGGUGUUCUUCUCGUCGGUUGUGAUCAAACCUCUUGUCAUUGGGUUCGCUUUGCUAUUCUUCCAGCAAUUCAGCGGUAUCGAUGCUGUCAUAUUCUUCACUGUUGAAAUCUUUCAGAGUGCGGGAAGCACUUUAGACGCCAUGACAGCGACGAUCAUCAUAGGUCUGGUGCAAUUGUUAAGUAAUGGUGUUAGUACAAUGUUGGUGGACCGCGCAGGACGUCGGCCACUACUCCUAAUAUCAGCAGCUAUUAUGGCCGCAUCCAUGGCGUCUAUGGGUGCAGCAUUCUACUUUGAAGUCGAGCAGAAAUCAUGGCUUGGGUACUUGCCCAUAGGCAGUUUGGUGGUGUUUAUGAUCGGCUUUUCACUUGGAUUCGGAGGUCUACCGUUCCUGCUCCUCGGAGAACUCUUUCCGACUCACUAUCGGUCACAGCUCUCAGCAAUGGCAAGCGCUGUCAAUUUGCUGUCCAUGUUUUCUGUCAUUAAAUCGUACCAUGCACUUGAAUCUGUGCUGACAUCUGCCGGAACAUUUUGGAUGUACGGCUGUUUUUGCGUGAUGGCGUUCUUUUUUGUGCUGUUCCUGGUUCCCGAGACAAAAGGCAAGUCGUUGGCCGAGAUCGAACGACAUUUCCGCGGCAAGAAAGAGAAGGAAGCGGUACAAAUGCAAACUGUGCAAACAGUGUGCUAGUUCUUGUUGUAAUGAGAUGCGAAUUCAAUUAACACAAUAACACGCGUUCUAAGUUCCACAUAUAUUUUUUGUUGAAGUUUUGUAAGGCUGUGAAAAAAGGUGAUUAUUAUCACCAAAUACUUAUUUAACAAUAACGAGUGAAGCAAAAUGCAAAUAUGAUAAUGAAAUUCAUGAUAUAAUAACAUCCUAAUAGGGUAGUUUCCUAUUUUUGAUUUUAUUCGUUAAUUUAUAUGUAAUAUAAAAAAAAAUAUGAAAAUGAAAUUCUGUGUGAUCUGCAUCAGAAUUAGUUAUCUACUAAGUAAUAGUAAUUAUAGUAGCAAAUAAAAUAGUUAUUCUUGAUGGGGUUAUCGCGCUGGUCCUUUCUCACGCAUCCACCGUUAUGGAAGAUGUCAUCAGGCAGGCAUACUUGAGUCGACGGUCGAGAGGCAAUCAUAGCUCUUCAGUCGACAUUCUGUUGGAUCCCACUUCACUUACCAUCAGGUGCAGUGGAGCCUAUUUGCCGUGCUCGUAUAAGUUAACAAAUUGCAAUCGGUGACGUCACAGUUUGCUGUUACUGUUACUCGACAGCUAUCCCCAUUUACCAAAUUUCAAAGCUUUAUAAUUUAUCUAUCAUAGCAAGGAAUUUGAAAAAUAUUUUUGUAUUACAUUUUGGAUGACAUAUUUUUUUAUAAAUGCAUUUAAAAUAAGUAGUCAACUACCCUAUUACUAAAAGUUAAAAAAAAUAGGAGCAAUCGUUCAAGAUUGAGGUAUGCAAACAAAAUAAACUUUAAUUAUACAAUAUAUGUCAUAAAAAAUAUAAUGGUGAUCUGUGGUGUUUAUAAUAGGGUGUUUGACAAUUUUUUUAAAUAUAUGUACUACGAUGGAGGACUAUUCACUUAUAGCAUGAGUUAUAUUUUUAUUGUUAAAAUAUGCUCAAUUUAUUAAAUAUCCGUGAUUUUCUUUUGUCAUUUAUAAUUUCGCGCUAAAAUGCGUUGUCACGUGACGUUACAACGACAAACACAUGACAAACAUUCGUGACAGUUGUGGCACCGAACCUGCACCUUACAACAAAACAAAUUGUCUACGAUUUAUAUCUCCUAGUUGUUAUUUUUCCCACAAAAAAUGAAUAUGCCAGCAUAUAUAAAUAUUGUUCAGUGCCUUUACGUAAAAACUCAACACCAAAUAAUCCCAAUAAAUUGUUCAUUCAUGUGCCAAAAUCAAAAGAUUUAAGAAAGAAGUGGUUGACUUUAGCACGACGAGAUCCAAAA